AUGACCUCCAUGACCCUGUCCACAAGGCGCCAAAAGCGAGCUCUUCCACUUGGAGCUCUGCUCAUAGGAGGAAGCCUGGCGACCGCUAUAGGGCUGGGAGCAGGAGGCUUAGGCACAGCCACCCAUUUUUAUUACAAACUCUCUAUGGACAUUAGCAGUUACAUAGACAAGGUAGUAGACUCUCUCCUGGCCUUACAAACCCAGAUAACUUCUCUGGCCAGGGUGGCCUUACAAAACCGUCGAGCUCUAGACCUGCUUACAGCAGAGAAAGGAGGUAUGUGCCAGUUUCUAGGAGAAGAAUGUUGUUUCUUUGUGAAUGCAUCGGGCAUAGUCCAAAAUAAAGUCCGAGAGUUAAAAGAAUCUGUUAAAAAGCGCCUGUCUGAGGCAGAAGCCUAUGAUUUAUUUAACUGGUGGAAAACAUCCUGGGGUAAAUGGCUUAUUCCACUCCUUGGACCCCUCACUGCCCUGAUGCUUAUCCUAACUCUAGGUCCCUGUAUAAUUAACAGAAUACUCAACUUAGUUAAAGAAAAGAUAAGAACAAUCCAGUUGAUAGUUAUGUGGUCUCAAUACCAUUACCUAGCGACCGAAGAAGAAAGUGCUCAUGAUUGA